ACUGCGAACUGUAUGUGAGGAAACGCAUUUGGGAAUUGUCAUGUAGAAUGGCAGGGACGCUGCAGUUUACCGUCCUUUCCUAAAACUAGGUGACUGCAUUAAGGUUGAUUUUUGUGUGCCGCUUCUAUCCCAGCAAACUGGCUGAACUCUCAGUGCCACUGCAGUUUGGAGAUGAAGCGCAGAAGGUCCAAGCCCACUCAGCUGAGCUGUAUUUUUGGCUUGUGCAGUCAGCCACCAAUUUGCCGAAUGAGAUUGUUGCUGCUCUGCUUAUGUGUGCUGCUGGCAGUGACUCUGAGUCUUGGAUUAAUGCUGUCUGAUCAUGAUUCUAGAAGUUCUGAAGAUUUAUCAGCCAGAGUUCCAGACCUGAAAAAAGAUAAACUGACCCACAGACCAAGUAAAGCCACUGCGGCCCAGGUGAAGCGGCUGAUCUCUGAAGUUAACUGGACUCGGUUAUGGUAUGCCCAUCUCCAGCCUAUCCUCAUAGAGCGACACCCAGGCUCCCGUGGUAGCCGUAAUGUUCGAAGGCACGUGUCCUCUGUGUUGGACUCUCUGUCUGCCGGGUGGUCAGUGCAGAUCGAUUCCUUCAACUCCGAAACCCCCCGUGGCCCGGUCAACUUCUCUAACAUCCUGGCAGUGUUGGACCCCUUGGCUCCACGGCGUCUGCUUUUAGCUUGCCAUUAUGACACAAAGAACAUACCUUUAGGGAAUCAGGAGCCAAAGCAGAUGUUUGUGGGGGCGAGUGACUCAGCAGUUCCAUGUGCUAUGAUGCUGGAGCUGGUCACUGCGCUGGACAGCCAUCUAAAAAUGCUCAAACAGCAGAUGGCUCAGGUGACACUGCAGCUGGUUUUUUUUGAUGGGGCAGAAGCGUUUGAGGAGUGGACUUCCUCCGACUCCCUGUAUGGUUCCCGCCAUCUUGCUGAACACAUGUCUCGUGUUCCACAUCCUCCUGGCUCUGAACACACAACACUGUUGCAUGCCGUGGAUCUCUUUAUUCUCUUGGCUCUGAUCGGUGGCCCAAGUCCAACAUUUGUGAAUCAUUUUGCGAACAGUGCUCGCUGGUUUGAUCAACUUGUACUGGCAGAAAAGAGACUUCAUGGUCUGGGGUUGCUGUCGUCCCACCCCAGCGGGCAGACGUACUUUAGAAAAGAUAUAACUAUGGGGCCGGUAGAUGAUGACCAUACACCUUUCCUUCAGCGAGGGGUUCCAGUGCUACACAUAAUUGCUACACCCUUCCCAUCAUAUCACCAUACAGUGGAGGACAAUGCAGACAAGGUUCACAGUGAUACAGUGGAGAACCUCACCAAAGUACUGGUGGUCUUUUUAGCAGAAUAUCUCGGGUUGUAGAGGAAAAAAUACUCUAUCAUGAGACUUCCAUAUACCUCUCAGAACCAAAAGCUAAAUCUGUAAAGCGGCCUUAUUGCAUUGUUAAUUCAAAAAUACAGCAUAACUGAUAUUUUUUGGUAAUUGAGUUACACCGAAUAAUUUAUGCAAUAAGCUCAAGCUACAUUUCAAUAGCCUUAGUCUGUGUGUAUAAGCAGAGAAUGAAUGUACAUUAGCUUUAUGUUCCUGAGGAGUUUACACUGCCUCUCUAAAGAGUGCAAUAACAAUCAAUAUUAAACCUGUGCAGCAAUAUAUACACACCUGUUAACUUGUAUUUACACGCACUUACGGUAUAUAAUGCACUUUUACAGUAUAAUGUAAUGAAAUGCUGCAGUAUUAUAACAAACAACAGGAAUAACAUUAAUACUUCUGUAUAAAAUAGGGUUGUCUUUUAGGAAUCUCUUUUCAGUAGCAUAGUUAUGCAUUACAGGUCUGUUCAGUUACUAUAUUAAGGUCCGGUAUUUGCACUGUUGCACUUCUCAAAACUGUUUAGGUAU